CGCAUCAUUUACUUCCUAAUACUUACGCUUUCAAAAUGUCUGGACCGAGAAGGCCUCCCCCUCCAAUUCCCAGACCAGGUCAUGUGCAGGUUGUGAGGGCUUUGUACAAUUAUACAGCUCAACAGCCAGACGAGAUCAGUUUUGAGGAAGGAGAUAUUUUGUACAUAGUCGAUAGGAGUGCUGGACCAUGGUGGAAAGCCAAGGUUGGGAACAAAACAGGACUGAUACCAUCUAAUUAUGGUAAGUGCCGCUCAUAUUAAUUGUGAUGAAAACUGUUUUUGCUUGCCAGGCUCUUAUGCUGCAUCAUGAAGACCUUAUCUCUAACAUCACUAGUAUUGAUCACUGGUGACAGCUUUUGUGAACUGAGUACACCUUGAUUGCUAUACCUACCUAUACCGUGUUUUUGUUUGCUGACCAUGUGUGAAAAAGUGCCAUCAAGAGUUUUGUCCACGAUUGCAGUUUGUAUUCAUGUAACACACCCUAACAUAUCAGUUCAUGAAAAGUGCUUUAUCA